UUCAGUAAGAGAGGAGCUCAUCUGCAGAAAGGGAAGAGGUGUAUUUUCUGCCCUGGAGAUGAAGUAUCCUACAUGUGUUUACUUAAGUUUAGUGGGUCUCCUGACAGUAGCUGUGAUUCCCCUGUCUUUGGGUGAAAUGUACACGUCGCUGCUGAACGUAAAGCAGGCGAUCAGUGUUGAACGGAAGCUGAUCGAUUACUUGAAAACUUACAUUGACCGUGAGUUAGAGAGACUGGAGGACAUCCAACGCUUUUAUGCCAAAGUUUCAGAACUGCACACUGAACUGUACAAAGGCUCGGGGACUGCAAUGGCAAACCCGCUGGUGGCAUUCACCCUGAUCAAGCGGCUGCAUUCAGAGUGGCUGAAUGUAGUCUACAGCAACGAAGCCCUGGAGAACACACAAGCCCUCAGGUCCAGUUACGAGAAGGAAGAGGCCGAUCUGCCCAAACUAGAAGACCUCCAGGGGGCCGCUAAGGGGCUGAUGAGACUGCAGGAUGUGUAUGCUCUCCAAGUUGCAAGCCUCGUAAGGGGUCGUUUCCAGAGAGUCACGAAUGGCAAGCCUAUUGAUAUCUAUCUGCCUGCAGUAUCUGUCCCACUGUCUGGUGAUGACUGCUUUCUGGUUGGAAAGGUGGCCUAUGAGCAAGACGACUACUACCACUCAGUGCAGUGGUUGGAGGAGUCGGUGCGUCUCUUCCGGGGAACAGGAGGCGAGUGGAGCCCUGAGAAUGAAGGGACUUUGGAAGUUGCUCUGGAUCACCUGGCCUUUUCUCACUUUAAAACAGGAAACGUCUCAUAUGCUCUCAGUCUAUCUCAGGAGUUACUGCAUCACGAUCCAAUGAAUGGAAGAGUUUUGCAGAAUGUUGAGAAAUACGAGAAGCUGCUGGUUACAAGUCCACACAAAUCAAUGAGGGGCAAUGGGCUGAGGAGACCCACCUCCAAAUAUUUAGGCACCAGGGACACUUAUGAGAGACUCUGCCAGACCCAAGGCUCUCAGGUAUACAUCACAAUGAAUCAUUCUGAACACAUACUGU